CUCGUGCUCUCCUGGCUCCUCCUCCGUCUGCCAUAUGCCAUGUGGCCCCUUGUCUGCGUCUCUAUCGCCCGGUUCCCGUCUGGCUGUUAGCUCGAAGGACCUCUCGCAUUUUGUGGUGGCUUGAGGGAAGAAGAUGGAAAAGCACAUGAAACUCGUUCUCGUCCUCGUGGGCGUCUUUACUGGGUGCUGCCUCACCGUCGGCUUCAUCGAAAUGAUCGUCAGGGAAGCACCAGACAGCACAAAUAUGGUCACGUUCUCCCAGUUCUUGAUCAUUUCAGCGGAAGGCUUCAUCUUCACGAUGGAUUGGGGAAGGAAAAAGUCUUCUGUUCCGUUGAGGUAUUAUGUGAUGAUCGUCCUUCUGUUUUUCUCUGGGAGUGUGGCGAAUAACUGGGCUCUCAGUUUCCAUAUUGCCUUGCCCCUCCACAUGAUAUUUCGAUCUGGAUCUCUCAUCGCCAACAUGGCUUUGGGCAUUCUCCUGCGGAAUCGGCGCUACUCGUUGGUCAAGUAUCUGUCGGUUGUCAUGAUCACGAUCGGGAUCAUCAUCUGUACGUUCGCAUCAGGGAAGCAUCUGAAGCAAAAAACUGAGGAGGAGCAUGAUGACAAGGGAGCUGCAAUAUUCAUCCAGUGGCUGAUAGGAAUUGCCCUCCUCACAUAUUCACUCUUAUCUGCUGCUCGGCUGGGAAUCUACCAGGAAGACCUCUAUAAGACGUUUGGAAAGCACCCAAGUGAAGUUCUUUUCUUCUCGCAUGCCCUCCCAUUACCAGGCUUUCUUCUAUUUGCAUCUGACAUCUGGAGUCAAGUCAGAGUGUUCAACAGUAGCCCCAUGAUCAAUCUCACCUCUUUCCUUGGAAUCAGCUUUGGGAUUCCAAGACUCUGGGCUCUUCUCAUAUUCUGCAAUGCUUCUCAGUUUGAUCCAGGAAGUGCAGUCCUGGUCACUUUUGCUGGCUUCUUCAUCAAUGCUCUCAUUGGCUUCAUUUUCUAUGCCAACUUUGGAAGAAAGAAGAAUGUGGUUCCUCUUAGAGAAAUAAAAGUAAAAUUCUCUCAAUGUCCUCUUCCUUCUAGGUUUUAUGCAACAAUGGUGGCAAUGUUCUUCACAGUCAAUGUGGCCAACAAUUAUGCACUGAACUUCAACAUAUCAAUACCUUUGCACCUGAUCUUUCGUUCAGGAUCCCUACUGGCGAACAUGAUACUGGGCAUCAUAAUCCGACACAGGCGCUAUACCUUGAGCAAGUACCUCUCAGUUGCCAUGGUGACAUUGGGGAUCCUCAUCUGCACAUUUGCAUCUGGGAAGAACCUGAGUGAAGAGACUCAUCAUUCACCUGAAAAGGCCUCAAGUGAUUUUGUUACCUGGCUGAUUGGGAUUGGGAUCUUGAGCCUUGCCUUAUUCAUGUCAGCUCGUCUUGGGAUCUAUCAGGAGACAUUGGCUGAAAAAUUUGGCAAACAUGCUCAGGAGUCUGUCUAUUAUUCUCACAUGCUGCCUCUGCCAGCAUUCCUCUUCUUUGCUGUGGACAUGUGGUCCCAUCUGAAAAUCCUGACAAACUCUGAUCCAGUGGCACUCCCACUUGUUCCUUUCAGUGUCCCAUCAAUGCUCAUCAUCUUGGCUGCCUAUGCCUUCUCCCAGUACCUGUGUCUGAGCUGUGUGUAUACAUUGACCACUGAGUGCACAUCUCUGACAGUAACACUUGUGAUCACCCUGAGGAAGUUCAUUUCCCUUGUCUUUUCCAUUUUAUAUUUCAAGAACACCUUUACUUUAAGUCAUUGGGUUGGUACUGUGCUUGUGUUUGGUGGGACCUUCCUCUUUGUUGACCUUCCUAGCCAGAUUCACAAGAGGAUCUCCCCUGCCAAAAAGGAGGACUAAGUGCAAGCUCUCCUUCCCUUUCUUGCAUAUUCUUUUCUGUCCACUUUAUCGCAAAUUAUUUUUAAAAUAGAAUUUUAGUUCAUCCUGUUGUUUGGUGAUUUUGCCAUCAGCAUGCUGGUUUUCUUGCAGCUUUUUUUUACCUCCCUAAAUACUCAUGAUAUCCUUGAUGUGAUUGCUCAUUUUCUUGUCAGUAUUCUGUUCAUCUUUAAUACAAAUAUAUAGCUCUACAUUCAACCGGUGCAGUGGCCUGGUGUGAUGAACUUGCAGCCAUCCAUUAUGUUUAACAUUCCAUACAGGAUCACUGAUGACAUCUCUUGAUGCUUGUGCAGUUGCAUUGUAGAUAUUUCAUUUUGUUGCUGGCCAAUUUUGCUGUGGUUAUACUUGUGAUAUUCUGAGACUGGGACUUCUUAUAUAUGCUUUUGCAUAAAGCUUUUAAUUAUAGUGGCAAAUGAACAAUGAACUUUACCUGCC